AUGUCCUCCGACUCGCGUAGAAAUGCAAGUAGACAGCGCGGUAAAUACACCACUAGAGCAUGUGAAGAAUGUCGACGGCGCCGAGCGAAGUGCGAUGGAAACAAACCGUCCUGCUCCAGAUGCUCGCAAUGGCGCGCUCUCUGUCGGUAUUCUGUCGCGGAGGAUGGUCGGAGACCAGCAUCCAAGACAUACGUGCUUCUCCUGCGGCAGAGGAUAGAAUCGCUAGAAAGACUGCUGGAACGACAUGGAAUUGAUGCGAGGGAAUCCCAGGUACCCGAACAACUGCCAUUAGAUAAGAAGGCCGGCACGAACGGCACUAUACGACAUGACGACACUUCUUCGGAUAUGGAUAGCCUGGCCGAAAAUUUCAAGGGCAGGCUGGCUCUGGACGAAUCGCUGAAUUUCGACCAAGAUGGCGAGAUGAGGUAUUUCGGGCCGACGAGUGGUCGACUUCAGUUUCAGGGUACUUCCAGUAAUCGUGUCAGCAUUGAUGGCUCUGCUUUUUCGGUCUCUCCGCCGGAUCAAGUGUCGGAUAGCUACGGGUAUAUCGACCCUAUUGACCCGAUCACGGCAGGGAUGGGAGUUCCGAAGGACGUUCAGGACCAUCUGAUUGAUCUGUACUUCAAGUGGGAGCAGCCGUGGUAUGCUGUGAUCGAUGAGGAGCUCUUUAGGGAAAGUAUGAAUAAUGGUGGCCGAUACUGGACUCCCCUACUACAUAAUUGCAUCCUUGCUUUAGGGUCGCGGUAUUCCGAUCGUGUCGAUGUACGAUCGGAUCCAGAUGAUCCAAAUACAGCAGGGAAGGCAUUCCUCGAAGAAGCGAAAACCCAGCUCCACAGGGAGACGGAAAGGCCCAGCCUAACCACUAUCCAAGCACUAGGCCUGAUUGGGAUGGUGUAUAUUGCGAUGGGGGCUGACGCCGCUGGCUGGCUGCACCAUGGGAUGGCGAACCGACUGAGUCUCGACAUGGGCUUGAAUCUGGACCCGGCUGGAUUUGAAGAGACGAAUGCAAUGACCCCACGGGAGAUUCAACUCAGGAGACAGAUUUACUGGACCUUGUACUGUCAUGAUAAGCUGUCCUCCAGUUAUACGGGACGGAUUUGCUCCAUGCUUAUGGGCACCCAAACCCCUCCUCAAGGAGCACCAACGACCGGCCUUCCUCAAGUCCUGUCUCCUAGACCUAAGGUCCUGGUUCUACGACCUCCCCACAGAGUUAAGAAUCGACCGUGCCAACGACAUCCCCCAAGCCUACACACUCCACAUGGUGUACCACACGGCACGCAUCCUCCUAGCAAAACCAUUCAUCAUGAGAGAAACCCCACCCUCAAAGCCCAAAAACGAAACCACUGA